UCGUGGUUGUGAUAUUUUGCAAAGAAGAGGCCUUGCGGUAGCGCUUGCCUUGUUUUGAUAUCAACAAUCACUCCCGUCGGCGAUUAGCGUGCUGAGACUUUUUCCGGGAAAGCAAGGAGCAACAAGCUUUGUUGAUUGACUUUCGACCUGUCAGCCACGAUGGCUCUGUCUGUUCUGCGUGGUCUGGCCUGCCCGCGUGCCCUGCCGGCCCUGAUCCGGCCCCUGGCCGCUCCCGCCCUCCAGCCGACCUUGCAGCAGAGAGGGGCCGCCAGCGAAGUCGCGGCGCCCGCCAAGCACAAGCCGUACUCGCCGUUCCAGAACCUCAAUAAUAAGGCCGAGUACGCCGUGGCACGGCUGGACGACCUGCUCAACUGGGGACGGAAGGGCUCCCUCUGGCCGCUGACGUUCGGCCUGGCCUGCUGCGCCGUGGAGAUGAUGCACAUCGCGGCGCCGCGCUACGACAUGGACCGGUACGGCGUGGUGUUCCGCGCCUCGCCGCGCCAGGCCGACGUCAUCAUCGUCUCCGGCACGCUCACCAACAAAAUGGCGCCCGCCUUUAGGAAGAUCUAUGAUCAGAUGCCGGAGCCACGCUGGGUCAUCUCGAUGGGCAGUUGCGCGAACGGCGGCGGCUACUACCACUACUCGUACGCUGUGGUGCGCGGCUGUGACCGUAUCGUGCCGGUCGACAUCUACGUGCCAGGAUGCCCACCCACCGCGGAGGCGCUGAUGUACGGUAUCCUGCAGCUUCAGAAGAAGGUGAAGAGGAUGAAGACGGUGCAGAUGUGGUACCGGAAGUAGGUGAUGCAGUCCUUGGUCUGAACUAUAGGCAAUGAUGUAAAUAAUAUGCAGGCGGUGGUUGUCCGCCGUUGUGAGCAGACCGGAUCGUCGUCACGUCGAAUGUUGCGUGACGGGCCCUCUCGCUCUGCGGGUAACUGGCUGGACAGCGUGACAAGCUGAUGCUCGACAAGGGACUGCGAAGUGUGACUUGUCGGGAAUGCAAUACACUUCCCAACAACAGA